AUGGAAAAGAAGUUCAGAUCUUUUAGAUCAUUUUUUCGCGCGCGGUCUUCCAACAACGACCCGACCGGUACAGGGAAUGGAGCCAAUACUUCAGCCUCCAAAUCAGUUCACUCCGUUACCACCCACCGCGAGGGUCAGACCUCUUCACUUUCCCCUUCUUCAACAGUGGUAAUUGAUUCUGGAAACCAAAAAGCAACGCAGAAGCCAAAGAGGAAAGCCGUCGACAUCCCACCAGAUGAACUCUGGCAUCAAGCCUACGAUGGUCUCAAAACCGAGGAACCAGAGCUAUUGCAGGGCUAUGAAAGAUUACUUUCAACUGAGCUACCUUUGUAUCAGACGGACAAGGUCAUUGGCCAGAGCCAGAAGAACAAACUAUCUCAAAUGAAUCUUCUUUUGGAGGCUGGUUUGAACAAGACAGCCAAAAUCAGCAAGAUAGAGGGAAAGUUUGGCGAGGCCAUCGACGUUGCUCGGUCUGUUAGUGAGCCAGUGGGCGUUGGCCUAAACACUGUUCCCGCUGCUGCUGCUGCAUGGGCUGGCGUCUGCGUUGCUCUAGAGAUUUUGUCAAACCCAAUAACUGAGGCAGAGAAAAACCGCGAGGGAAUCACCAAGGUUGUUCUCAAGAUGAAAUGGUAUUCUAGUCUCUCAAAAAUCUUCGACCAAAAGAGCUCCAUGGCAAACGACGACUUUACCGAGCUACGUGAGCAAUUGGCCGAGCGCAUUCUCUGUUUAUACAAAGCAAUCCUCCAAUACAUCAUCGAAACUAUCUGCUCCCACCAUCGCAAACAAGGUGUGAGAUUCCUGAGAGAUUUGGUCAAAUUGGAUGACUGGGAUGGGAAACUGAGUGGUGUUGAAGGAGCUGAGGCGGCUGUAAAAGCGGCUGCUGAAGAUAUUGGGAUCCAACAAACCAGCUCAUACCUCGAACUCCUUGUCAAUAUGCGUCGGUCUGAAACAGACGACGCAAUAAUGGAAAAAUGUUGCGUCUCAGACAUGGACGCGGACAUCGAACUUCUCCAGGGACUCAAAGACAAGUUGCUACCUGAAUCGUAUGAAUGGGCUCUCCAUACUAAGGAAUACAUCAAUUUUACCGAUUGGCAUCACGGCAAUUCCAAUAGGCUCUUGUGGAUGAGAGGAGAUGCCGGAAAGGGGAAAACAAUGCUACUCAUGGGUAUUGUUGAAGAUCUCAAGGCCCGAUUGGAGACUCGCUUUGAUGAAUGUUGUCUGUCAUACUUCUUUUGCCGCGGUACAAGCGACAACGUCAACACAGCAACGUCGGUUCUGCGAGGGUUGAUAUGGAUGCUUUUGCGCCAAGAAAAAUCACUCAUCCAUCAUCUUGAUGCAUUCAAAGGAAAUCAGUCAAAUGCGUUCAAUGAUGGCUCGGCAUUCUUCAAAUUGAAGAAAAUUUUCCUUCAAAUUCUCCAAGAUAGCUCCUUGGGGAGAGUGUACUUUGUAAUUGAUGCCCUCGACGAAUGCAAAAGGGAGGAACCUGGUUUAGGGCAACUUUUGAACCUAGUCACCGAAACGACUAAAAACGACAAGGUGAAAUGGCUAUUGUCAAGUCGGAAUGAACACGAAAUCGAAACCUUCCUUGGCAAGGGUACGACACACUUCCAACUCAGUCUCGAAGUGAAUUCAGCGGCUGUUAAACAUGCCGUCAACGCCUAUAUUGACCGUAAGGUCUCAGAUCUUGACGAGAAGUAUCGAACUGAUUACAAAUCAAUCUUGGCACCUAAGCUUCAAUCACAGUACGAAGCCGAACGUGCUAAACAGCUCGAAAACGAACUUUCUCAAACAUUGGGCCAAUUCAAAGGCAAGCUCAAAGAAAAAGCAGACGGCACUUUCUUGUGGGUAGCUUUGGUCAUGAAGGAACUGAAAGAUGUCAGCCCCGAUGAACUACUUCAGAGAAUUGAGCAAAUUCCAUCAGGCCUUGAUGGAAUUUACACUCGAAUGUUGGUCAGUAUGAAUAGUUCCAAUUACGCAGCAAAGUGCAAGAAAUUGCUCUUGAUCAUGACAAGCGCAUAUCGUCCUCUCUAUCUAGACGAAUUGCUCAGACUGGCCAACUUUACAGAUUUCGCUGUUCCCCCCCAGCUUGUGAAACGAUGUGGCCUCCUCGCUCUAGGGGAUGAUGAUAAUAUUGUUUAUUUUGUGCAUCAGUCUGCGAAGGACUACCUUGUUCAAGCCCAAGGUCCAGAGGUCCUAUCCAGUAUUUUUCCACAUGGCCACACCGAGGGACACCACAUGAUAGUUACUCAAUCGCUUGAGGAUAUGAAGAAAUUGAAACGAGAUAUCUAUGGACGGAAACACCCUGGCUUGUCCAUCGACGAGCUCGAAGACUCCAAAAAAUAUGGAGCUCUACUUAAACCUCUCCGAUACUCUUGUGUUUAUUGGGCCGACCACCUUUCGGAUUCUGAAACCAACUUUCAAUCAAGCAGCUUUUGCGAUGGCGGUAUAGUCAAUGAGUUUUGGAAGACAUGCCUUCUCUAUUGGAUUGAAGCUCUCAGUCUCAUGGGAAACUAUUCAGUUGCGGUGUCCACUUCAGUUAAAAUCAUCAAAUUGCUUUCGAAUCUCUUACUUCAACCACAAUUCCUACCCUUGGUUCGAGACUCUCAUCGGUUCAUUUUAUCGGCCAGAGGUGUCGUCGAACGCUACCCUUUGCAAAUCUAUGCGUCGGCACUCGUCUUCGCCCCAACGGGUAGUCUGACGCGAAAGGCUUUCGAGCAUGAGGAGCCAGACUGGCUUGUAACAAAACCCCUGGUUGAUCCAGAGUGGAGUCAAUGCAUACAAACCCUCUACGGUCACUCCGCUUAUGUUACUUCGGUUGCAUGCUCUCCUAGUGGUACACUCAUAGCAUCUGGAUCCUGGGAUCAUACCAUUAGGGUCUGGGAAGAAGAAAGUGGUCAUCUCCUCAAGAUACUGGUGGGCCACAGGGACGUAGUCUCUUCAGUUAGCUUUUCUCCCGAUGGCACACUCAUUGCAUCCGCAUCACGGAAUGGCACCAUCAAAAUUUGGGACGUUAACAAUGGAGAAUGCCUGAGAACCUUUUCUAUCAGCAAACAUCACAAGAACCGUGUGGUAUUUUCCCCUACGGGUCAGAUUGCUGCGAUAUCAGAACCUGGGACUCUCAAGAUUUGGGAUCCUCACCGUGGUGAAUGUCUGAAUUCUAUCACGUCAUUUGAUGGAAGAUCGCCCGCCGCCUUCAUAUCUAGCGAACGUCUUGCAGUGUAUAGUUCUGAAAGGCAAAUCGAAACCUGGGAUGUAGUCAAGGGCACAUGCAUCCGGGUAUUUGGCCAUGCAGAUUCCGCCGACAAUAUUUCUGUUUCUGCUGAUAAACAAAUGGUUUCAGGGUCGCGUGGUAACAAACUCGAGGUCUGGGGACAGGAAGGUGUCUGUCUUCUUACCCUAGGUGACCCCCAUGACGAAACUGACCGUCAGCUUAACCGCCGUCGUGGCUAUUCCACGGUCGCCUUUCUUCCUAAUGGAAACCUCAUAUCUGGCUCUAGGGAUGGAUCUGUGAAUAUCUGGGAUCUCCACAGUGGGGAUUUGCUCAACAAGAUGACAGGCCAUACUAAGAGUGUCAAAUCGGUGGCUUGUACCACGAGAGGUAAUGUGGUAUCUGGAGGGGUGGAUAACACCGUCAGACUUUGGAAUCCUAUACCCACCCAUCGCAGCUCCCUUGAAAGGCCACCUCUUGUGUCUUGGGCUUUUGCGUUUUCAGCAGGGAGGAUUGCAUCUGGAUAUUACGACGGCACUGUGAGGAUCUGGAAUUCCAAUGAUGGACGCUGCCUCAAAAUCCUUGACCGUGGCAAGGAGGCAUUGCGGUCCAACUCACUCGCAUUCUCUCUUGAUGGAACCCUCGCGUCGGGCUCAGAUGACGGGACAAUAAGCGUCUGGGAUUCGGAAGGUGACGAGUGUCUCCAUACACUGGAAGCUCAUGAUAAGGUGAAAUCAGUUGUUUUCUCUCCCGAUGGAACAAUCAUCGUGUCAGGCCUGUCGAAUGGAGAAAUUCAGAUUUGGCAAUCAACGGAUGGUGUCUGCCUUACAAGGUUCAGAGCUCAUGAUCGUGAAAUCCGCAAAGUUUCCAUGUCGUCUUGUGGCAUGAUUGCAUCGGCGGGCUUUUAUGACGGCAUUAUCAAACUUUGGCAGACAAAUGGCGCCCUACUGAAGACCGUUUAUUCCCGCCAUCUUUCCCCUCUCGACGGAUUGACAUUCUCCUGCGAUGGCACACGGUUACUAUCGCAUGACAAACACAACUUCAUUGUUUGGGAUACUAGCAGCGGCGAACGCCACCAACAGGUCAAAAGCAGAGAGUACAGCUUGGAAAAAGCAUCGGAACUCCUUGGUCCCGGUCCAAGACAUCACUAUGCUCUUGACUACGACCAAGAAUGGAUCACCUAUGAAGGGGAGAAGGUUCUUUGGUUGCCUGCGGAGUAUCGCCCAUACUACAGGUCAUGGGCGGUUGAUCGGGCUGAUGCAGGAAACCAUCUCAUCAUUUCCAACGACUCGGGUCGAAUGUUGAUAUAUGGGUUUUCGACCUCUCAAACCCCUCUCUGA